AUGCAUCCCACACCGCCUCAAAUUUUGUCCAUUGCGACUUCGGCCUUAUUUCUAUCCCUAUUACCAAUCCGCCUACUGAGGCUUCGUACGGAACCGAUCAAGGUCGUUUCGGAGCACCGUGGUCAUGGCAAAUUGGCGAUUGCAAUCUCGCUAUCGGUGGUUCAGUUGGCCACUCUGGUCACAACAGCAUUUACGCCGGCAAAGGAUGACGUCCACCUUGUUUCUGCCGUUGCUUCUUUCACAGCGUGCGUGGGCCUAUGCCCGUUAUUGGCCCUCGAGCACACCCGCUCUGUUAAACCGUCAGAUCUCGGCAUCGUCUAUCUCCUGGCAUCUACGGCUUGCGACUUCGCCGAGCUGGGAACGAGCCACUAUGGAAAUAGGACGUCGGAGGCUGUCACGCCGGGAAUAGUAAAUCUCUUCGUUAAGUUUGUGCUUCUCAUUGCCGAAAGUCGCGGCAAGAAACCGAUUUUGCGUGAUCCUCGAGGCCAGCAAUCCCCAGAAGAGCUGGCCAACAUUUUGGACAGAACGUUCUUUUGGUGGAUUAACCCCAUAUUGGCCCUUGGAAACCGUCAUGUUCUCGCCGAGGAGAACCUUCCCCCGAUGGGCCACAUGCUGUCGUCGAAAUCACUGCGCCAACAAGCCUUGCGGGCUUGGGAUCAAAGAGCCAAGCCAGAAGGGAGGACAACACUCCCCAAGAUUCUUGCCCUCAGCAUGUUGCCACAGUUUCUGGCGCCGAUCAUCCCCCGGCUUUUCCUCAUUGUCUUCCGCUACGCCCAACCAGUUCUCAUCAGCACCGCCAUCCGCUACAUGAGCGGGUCCUCAGCGCAAUCCGUGGAAACAGGGCACUUGAUCAUUGCCAUGGCUGUUGUCAUCUAUGUUGGCUUGGCGAUGUCCAGGGCCGUGUAUUACCACCGCCUGAAUCAGCUCAAGGUCAUGAUACGAGGCGCCGUCGUCGGUCUCAUCAACAACAAGUCGUUUAGCCAGCAAUCGAGCAACCACGACGACGGGAGAGCUGUGACGUUGAUCAGUACAGAUGCGGGAAACGUCGGCCAGGCCGCUUCAAUGUUCCACGAGACGUGGGCACAAGUCAUCGAAGUGUUGCUCGGUACGACUAUGUUGGCCCGAGAAGUUGGAUGGGUGUGCCUCGUCCCCUACGUCAUCAUCUUUUUCUGCUCCCGAAUGAGUCGAUAUUUGGCCAAGCACCUUCAAAGUAAGCAGAAGGAUUGGUCUAUGGCUACCCAAAAACGACUUGCCGUAACCACCUCGAUGCUUUCUUCCAUGAAGAACUUAAAGAUGCUCGGGGUUGCUACGCACACGCAAUCGUUAGUCCAGGAUCUGCGACUUCAGGAGCUGAACGCAGCUAAAAAAGUACGAUGGAUGAUGGUUGCUUACAAUGCGAGUGCAAACGCUCUCGGCAUAUUCACUCCUAUCGUCACCUUCGUGCUCUUUGUCCUCGUGGCAAGUCUCAAGGGCUCGGCACUCGAUACUGAGACAGCAUUCACAACCACCGCGCUCCUCGGUUUGGUGACUCACCCUGCGAACAUGAUCAUGUCAAUUGUGCCGCAGGCGAUAGGCUCCUUGGCCGCGUUUGAGAGAAUCCAGGAGUACUUAUUACAGCCGUCCCGGAAUGAUCAGAGACUGGCAUUGAAGAAAACAGAAGACAGCCCUGAUGCAGUUUCGCCGGCAAUUUGCGUCGAGAACGUCACUAUACAGAGCUCCCCAGUGUCACCUCCGAUCCUUACUAAUAUCAGUCUUGUCAUUGACAGAGGUUCGAUAGUCAUUUGCUCCGGACCGGUGGCAAGUGGUAAGACAACACUUGUCAAAUCCCUCAUGGGCGAGAUGCCCGCUGCUAGUGGAACCAUAUCGGUAUCUUCCAAGCGUGUAGGUUACUGUGAGCAGUCGCCUUGGCUACCAAGUGGAACCCUCAAGGAAGCAGUCCGUGGCUUUUUGCCAGACGAACCAAGCUGGUACGAACAAGUCAUCCGCCUUUGCUGCCUGGAUGAGGAUCUUUCAGCACUUCCAAACGGAGACCAGACCAUGAUCGGAAGCCGAGGCUUGAAUCUUUCCGGAGGACAACGACAACGAGUGGCUCUUGCCCGUGCUGUGUACGCCCGAUGUGAGAUGGUGUUUUUAGAUGAUAGUUUUAGUGCCCUCGACGGCAAGACUGAGAGUCGAAUCGUUGAAAACCUUUUCGGUCCUACGGGCUUUUUCAGGAGGAUGGGGACAACUGUUUUCCUCGUGGCCAACUCCUCUACGCACUUUCAUCUGGCAGACAGUUUGGUUAUCUUGGACAACGGCACAGUGGCAUACCAAGGAACGUGGGCCGGCCUAACGCAAGACCCAGAGCAUGUCCUCAAACUUCAUAUUGAUGGAACAGAGAAGAAUGUCACCGAGGAAGACCCUCAAGUAGACAAGAACAUCCUGAGCCAAAGUAUCAAGGUAUACGAAGCCGUCUCCGACUUGAGCAGGGCGACGGGUGAUGUUUCACUCUAUGGUUAUUAUCUCAGGGCUGUGGGACUCAGAAACUUUCUCCUCCUUCUUGUCUGCACGUCGUCAUACUCGUUCUUCAUCACAUUCCCGCAGUACUGGCUCCAGAAAUGGACCGCAGCACCUGCCUCCCAGACCAUGUUCUAUGUCGGGGGCUACAUAAUCGUAUCUUUUCUCGCCUGGGCGUUCACAAACGGUUCGAUGUGGUCUACACACAUCCGCAUCGCGCCCGAGUCAGGGGCAAACCUACACCGCCGCCUUCUUUCGACCAUCGUGAGCUUCAGCCAAGAUAUUCAACUGGUCGAUAGGCAGUUGCCGCCCGCCAUUUUGUCCAUCUCAAAUCAGGUCUUUAAGCUCUUAGUGCAGCUGGUUCUCCUCCUCAGUGCCCAGAAGUUGAUGGCAACAACGCUUCCGCUAUGCGUGGUAACGGUGUAUUUUGUACAAAGGAUCUACUUACGGACCUCACGGCAACUGCGGUUGCUUGACCUCGAGUCACAGUCGGCAGUGUACUCCAGCUUUCUUGAAUCGGUUGAAGGGGUUAGGACGAUCCGGGCAUUUGGCUGGGAGAGACAGGUCGAGGCUGCCAAUAUCCGCUCGCUCGACAAGUCUCAGCGGCCAGCCUAUAUCCUGUUUUGCCUUCAGCAGUGGCUGGGUGUCGUCCUCGAUCUCAUGGUCGCUGCGAUAGCCACCGGCCUGAUCUCUCUCGCCAUAUUCCUCAGAGGAACGACAACAGCCGGCCAGAUUGGUAUGGCACUGAACAUCGUCAUAGUCGCAAACGCGUCUCUACUUGGCCUUGUCACCUCUUGGACCAAUAUGGAGAUAUCUUUAGGCGCCAUUUCUCGACUGAAAACCCUGGAAGCCGACACCCCGAAAGAGGGUAGCCCAUUCGAAGACUACGUUCCUGCGGGGGCUUGGCCAUCGUCAGGACUCGUCGAAUUGGAUAAUGUCACAGUAUCAUAUAAUCCCGAAGCAGUAGCCCUACAGGAUGUUACUUUGAAGGUUUCUGGAGGCCAGCAGUUGGUUGUCUGUGGCCGGACUGGCAGUGGAAAGAGUACUUUAUUGCUUGCCCUUCUCCGUCUCCUCGAUGUGCAGUCUGGAACCAUCAAGAUAGAUGGAGUUGAUCUGAGCUUGGUCCCAAGAGACCUCAUUCGACAAAGAUGCUUUAUAACAGUGUCCCAGGAUGCCUUUGUUCUAGGGCAGGCUAGUCUUCGCUUCAACCUAGAUCCUUCUGGAUGCCUCUCGAACGACACGAUCGUAGCGGCUCUCCAAAGAACCAACAUGUGGUCUCAUUUCGAAGCGGGAGACUUCCCGCCAAAGGAGAUCCAUGAGAUCUUGGAAAGUCCCAUCUCCUCCUUGCCGCAAAUGUCAACGGGACAAUCCCAACUGUUCGCGCUAGCUCGGGCGAUCCUCCGUCUUCGAUCUCUACGCGGACCGCCCAACCUAUCAGGAGCCCAACCGGACGGUGAUCAUGUUAUGCCUAUCCUUCUACUCGAUGAGGCUACAUCGUCACUUGACCCCGAGACAGAGGUUGCCAUGCGUGACAUCAUUCACCAGGAGUUCAUCGACAAGGGACAUACCGUAAUCACGAUCACGCACAGACUGGGCGGCGCAACCGGCGACAUGCAGUCUGAUCGGAAUUUCGUCGCCUUGCUGUCAAAGGGGAAGAUCGAGAAGGUUGGUAGAGUGGAGGAUGUAUUGGGUAUACUGGACUCGCAGAAGUAA